AUGUGGCAUUGGGCUGUAGUACUGGUUACAGUACUAGUGAAUGUUGUGGAUGGGUAUGGACGACAAGCUGGGGGACAGUAUGAGGUAAGAGGGGGUGGUUUGAGUUGAUCUUUGGUUUUGAAGCGAAUUUAGUUUUUUUUAAAUUUUGAAUAAUUUUUCAAAAUUUACAAUUUCUACAGUAAAUUAUGUACUGAUUUUAUCUUAAAAACCUCCUUCCAGCCCAACUCCUUCAGCAAGUAUAUUGAGUACGCUGAAACCCCGUACCGUCGUCCGUCGUACUUCUCCGUGCCUUACCGAGCUCCUCCACUCUUCAACCUCAACUACAUCUCGAACGACAUGUUUGCUCAUCUAAUCAGAGAACAUAUGCGACAUCAACAACGUCUCAAACUGGCUCAUCUCCAACAAAUGCAACAACAACAGAAUCUGUUUGGCGACGAACCGAUUCUGAAGGGCGUUUCUCAUAUCACGGAGCUGCGACAAACCCCGUUCAGAAGAUGGUCUCACAACGCUACAGCUUUGUCGUACGAAGAAAAGAGGAAACAGUGGAAGGAGGGGAUCAAGAAGAAGCUCAGGAAUGGUAAAAUACCUGCUCGACCGGUCGGUAAUGGAGAGGCGGCUGAUCCGAUCAACACGGCUGGACGGUACUAUAUUACGUUUAGUCCAACGAACAGAGUGUACCAGGUCUCUAGACGGCCGCCACCUUUAGUUUUCAGUGGAGGAUCAAGCGGAGUUUUGUGAGUUUUAUGAGUUAUAUUGAUGUAGGUAUAGACAUAAAAUAAAAUUUUUUUAAAUAAUUUGGCACGGUUGCAAAAACGUUAUCACUUUGUUAUUUAGGUAACAUAUAUUAUUUUUGAACUAAUUUUUACUUUUAGAGAAACAACAACAACCUCAACUACCACCACAACGACUACAACAACAACUCCACCGCCUCCAGUAAUCGUUACUCAUCAAGCUGAGCCAAUUGAUGUUGGCAUCAAAGAGACGAUAAGAGUAAAAGCAGUAAAGCCUACAAUUCCGGAUGUAAUAGCUAGACAAAUGUUGAAUCUGGAUUACUACGAUGAUAACAACAUGAGUAGUGAGGAGGAAGAAGAGACUACUACAACGACAACCACAACUACUACGACUACUCCUACACCUACUACUACAACCACCACUACAACGACUACAACAAGGCCACCAAGCUUGGUUUAUCCGGUUUCUACGAGAUGUAAGUUAGAUUUUGUACUUUAGGUUGUGGGUACUGUAAUAGCGAUUGUUCUACAUACUUUUUGAUCACAAAAGACAAAAACAAUGCUUUUUUUAAAUUUUAAAAUUUAUUUUAUAGGAGAUCCACAUACUAUUGCAAAAUUAAUAUUUUUAGUACCAGUACCAUACGGUCGUCCAGAUCCUCGCCAGCCUCGACCAACUACAACAACACCAGCUCCCACGGUGAAAGGAAAGUCUUUGUUCGAUAUGGAUGAUGACUAUGAUGAGGAUGAGGACGAAGGUGAAGACAGCGAUGAAUUCUUCUUCUUUAAGCCAAAAGGCUUCGAACCAAGCAAUCAGCCUUCUGAAGAUCCGUUCAAGAUCGUGGUCCACGAUCCUAGGAGAAGAUGA